UGAGUCAAUGUAAGUUAUUUCCGUUUUGGGGGGGGGACACGUUAGUCAGCUGCACUGAACCGUCACCACGAGGGCCGCCUUUUAAUUGGCUCUUUUUAUGCCGGAGGAGCACAGCGUUGAUGUCCGAAAGGAGGAAACAUGGAACACCCGCCAUUUAUUUCCGAGGAAUUGAGGCGAUUUCUCGUGCACGGCGCUCCCCCUACAGUUUAUUACAUCCCUGCGUUCAUAUCUGAAGAGGAGGAAACCUGGCUCCUGCAGCAGGUCUAUCAGUCGCCCAAACCCAAGUGGACCCAGUUAUCCGGCAGGAGGUUGCAGAACUGGGGAGGCUUGCCGCAUCCCAAAGGGAUGCUGGAGGAGAAGAUGCCAGCCUGGAUUCAGGCAUAUUGCCAGAAGGUUUCCUCACACGGAGCUUUCGGCGAAAAAACGGCCAACCAUGUGCUGGUUAAUGAGUACAAACCAGGAGAGGGGAUUAUGCCCCACGAGGAUGGACCCCUUUACCACCCUACAGUCACCACCAUCACCCUGGGCUCGCACGCACUACUGGACUUCUACACGCCUGUCAGCCGGUUGGAGGUCGACGAUGACAAUGCGGUUGCAGCGUUGGAAGGCGACCGCCAUCUAUUCUCGCUGCUCUUGAGGCCACGGAGCCUGCUGGUGCUGCAGGAUGACGCAUACCGGAACGUUCUCCAUGGCAUCGGGGCGUGCGAGCGGGACGUGCUGACGGGCAAAGUGCUGAACCUGCACGUUGCCGGAGCCCAGCUGGGUGAGACGCUGACCCGAGGGACCAGGGUGUCGCUGACCAUUCGACACGUGCCUAAAGUCUUGAAGACAAAGCUUCUUUUUGGGGGGAAGUGAAUGGGGGGAAACAGUGGACUAGUCAAGUGAUUGUCAACUUUUUUACAUCAUUCAAAAAAUCUCAUGGCACACCACCAAACAAACUGCAAAAAGUACACAAAAUUCCAGGUAUUCUAUUGAGGCCUGCCCUGAAAAUGUAAAAAUUGCAAGUAAUUGACACUCCUGGAAAAUGUUUAUAAUUGCCUAUUUUAAUAGUUUAAACCAUAAAUAUCAAAACCUUUGAUCCCCAAAAAUGUAAUAUCACUUAAAACUCAUUUUACAACAUUGCCCUUGAUAGUGCAUGUCUUACAGAUUUGAUUUAGAACAACACUGGAAGUGCACGUGUGGCAAAGGAUCACCGUAACUUCCACUAACAACCCAGGCUAAACUUGGCUCCUCCACAACAUGCAAAGAAAAACCUGAAUAAGUGAAUUUAUAUAUAGUGAAUAGGUGGAUCUACUGUAUAAUGAAAUACGGAUCUUGUCUCAAUUUACUUAGUCUGAAAAGUAGGCCCGUUCAGUUGAACACAAAGCUAUUAUUUUGUUGUAUAAAUGGGAACAGGUGUCUUCAUAGUACCUUGUUCUGUCUGCCAUCUGGAAGAAAAUGUAAUUGUUCAACCUGUCACUAUACACUUUUUUGCAUUUGUACAUUGUAUUUGCUCAACUGCCUUGACUUGAUUUUAAGUGAUAUCUCAUUCUAAAGCCAUAUGGUUUAAUAUGAUGUUAGUCUACCCAUUGGAGCUUCAACUCUUGUGGGAAGGCUUUCAACUAGGUUUAGGAGUCAGUUUAGGGGAAUAUUUGCCCAUUGUUCCAGCAGCAUAUUUGUGAGGUCACAUACUGAUGUUGAUGUUGGACGAGAAGGCCCGGCUCACUGUCCACUCGAAAUCAACCCAAAGGUGUUCUAUCGGGUUGAGGGCAGGACUCUCUGCAGGCCAGUCAAGUUCAUCCAUACCAAAUUCUCUCACCCAUGUCUUUGUGGACCUGGCAUCGUGCACUGGUGCAGACAUGUUGGAACAGGAAGGGGUAAUCCCCAAACUGUUUGACUGUCUCUUGGUAUGCUGAAGGAUUCAGAGUUCCUUUCACACAAUCAUAACAGCGUAAUGAUUGUUCCAUACUUGAUCUACUGAGUAUAAAUAUGGGGAUCAACAUGUAAAACAUAACAUUUAUUUUACAGAAGAGCUUUAAAAAUAAAUAAGUCACCAUAGAGAUCCCUCUAAUUAAUUAUUCAUAAAUUAUAAAGUAUUUCCAUUCCAUUUAGAUUUUAAAACAUUACAAACUAUGUACAAGGCUAAUACAAAUAUCAUACCAAUAAAUAUUCAUAUAAAGUUUGUAAAAAGAGUAAGCAACCACAAUUUGAAAUGGAUAGAAGUAUUUAAAAUACCAAGAUUUAAAACUGUGAUGCAAAUAUAGUGAAAAGUGUUAAGUUAAGGAACACUAAACAGAGAAACAAAAGAGUCAAGAUCAGUAUGUUUAAAAAGCUCAUAAAAUAAGCGUUUUAUAUAAUUAGGAAAUGUGUAAUUAAGACUGAUUAAAACAACAGAUUAAAAAUCAUUUAAAGACUAAAAAAAAAGGGGGGGGCAGAAAAUAUUCUUCCCUCUGGUCCUUUUCAUUUAUAUUUUGUGUAUUCAUGUCUUUUUUCCCCUCUUACAUGUAAUGAAAUAAAAAAAACUGUGCAACCCA